UGAGGUUGAAGACGAUGUGGUUAUUUUCAGAAUUAUCCCCGUAGUUUAUUUUUAUUCUAUAUCACCUAUCUGGACGGCGCGGAAGGACUAAAAGGUCCAAAUUGACUAGCGCACAGCGUCGGCUUCUCCCGUCACCUGAUCCACACCCGGGGCAACAGCAACCAAAUCCGGUGGGCGGACGGGGAACUUGAGGACGGAGGAUGGCGGUGGAGUUCCCCAUCACCUUGCGGGAGCUCUACACGGACGCCAUCACGAACUGAAUUUCAGAUUUGGCAUUAGGAGUUGCUAAUAACUCGAAGGGAACAAGGAAAUUGUUGGCUUUCUUCAAUACAUCCAACCAAUAGAAUUUUAUAUCAACCAUGGCUGAGCAGGCAAGAGCAGAUUUUGCAACAAAGCUCUCGCUACGGAAAUUCAUGGCGACGGCGCAGCAUGUAACUCUAGAUCAAAGGCAGCUUGCCCGUAGCAUGGGCCUGGAUCAUCUGCUUGACCUAAAAUGUGAUACUCUGCCGCGCGGUGUCGUUCAUUAUCUGGCAUCAAACUUUGAUGUACCCUCAAGGGCUAUUGAACUCCCCAAUGGGUUCAAGUUCACAAUCACACCCUACUGCAUACACCAGGUCCUGGGGAUACCACUUGGCGGAAAAACCAUAGAGAAGAAGCAAAACCCAGCACUUAGAUCACUGAUUGCUCAGCAGACAAAAUGCAAAGGAAACUACCCGACCAUAAACGAGCUGGAUAACUUGAUACAACCUGGGCUAGAUGGAGAUUCAUUCAAAAGGAUUUUCACAAUGUAUGCGCUCACCGUGCUCCUCUGCUCUUCAAGCCAUGGGGCUGCUAGUCCAGAUUACUACCACAUUCUGGAAGACCCUGAACAGAUUGGCUCAUUCGACUUCUGCACGGCUGUCCUUGACAAGCUUGUGGCGUCAAUUGAUAGCUACAAGGCUGGAGCCACAACGGUGCUCGGCGGGGAUCUCUUAACACUCACGAUCAUAUACUUUGAAUUUCUUGACACCGACAUCAUGCCGGUCACAAGCAAGCGGCCACGGAUUUCACUUUGGACGUCUGAAAUUGUAGCAGAAUAUGAAAGGCGGGACUGCACAAGCAGCGAUAAAUUGCUUUACGGCAGGCUCCCGACAAAGCAUGUGUCGGAAACACCCUUCGGUCAAAUCAACACACAGUCAAAAGUCACACUAGGUGCCUCGUACGAUGAACUCCUGCAGUUCACCCUCUCAAUUGUUCCAGAGGAAAACCACCAGAUGGUAUUUUUUUACUUUUGUCUUUAGAGGUGCAGCAUGCAG